GUGCGGCAGAGGAGAUAACAGACGGGACACCAUCACCAGCUAACAGCUAGAGCCCGUGACGUCCUCCUUCAAGUCCCGAACGCUCAACAAAACCCGCCGCCGGAUGGGAUUAUUUUUAACGUCUGCGACGUGCAAAUAACCUAAUUAGGAUUUAAUAUUAUAUAUUCAUCCCCCCCGCGCGUGCGUCCGACUAACAUAUCUGAGGUUGAACCGGAAAAUCAGCCGAGCUAGCUAAUUCUACGGUAACUAGCAGGCUAGCUUUCACAGGAGUUAGCGUAAAGAUCUAGAUUAGACAGAGACGACUUUAACGCAGGCGCUUGCAAUGGCUGAUGUUGACAAGCUCAACAUAGAUAGUAUAAUCCAACGGCUUUUAGAAGUCAGAGGAGCAAAGCCCGGCAAGAAUGUGCAGCUGCAGGAGAACGAGAUCCGUGGAUUAUGCCUCAAAUCUAGGGAGAUCUUUCUCAGUCAACCCAUUCUCCUCGAGCUUGAGGCCCCUUUGAAGAUUUGUGGUGAUAUUCAUGGGCAAUACUACGACCUGCUCAGGCUGUUUGAGUAUGGGGGCUUCCCUCCAGAGAGCAACUACCUGUUUCUGGGUGACUACGUGGACAGGGGGAAGCAGUCUCUGGAAACAAUCUGUCUUCUGCUGGCCUACAAAAUAAAAUAUCCAGAAAACUUUUUUCUGCUGAGGGGAAACCACGAGUGUGCUUCAAUCAACAGAAUAUAUGGCUUCUACGAUGAGUGUAAAAGGAGGUACAACAUCAAACUCUGGAAGACUUUCACCGAUUGCUUUAACUGCCUUCCUAUCGCUGCAAUUGUUGAUGAGAAGAUCUUUUGCUGUCAUGGAGGACUUUCACCCGACCUUCAGUCCAUGGAGCAAAUCAGGCGCAUCAUGCGCCCCACUGACGUGCCCGACCAGGGCCUGCUGUGCGAUUUGCUUUGGUCUGAUCCGGACAAGGAUGUGUUGGGCUGGGGGGAGAAUGACAGGGGGGUGUCUUUCACCUUUGGCUCGGAGGUGGUGGCCAAAUUCCUGCACAAGCACGACCUGGAUUUGAUCUGUCGUGCCCAUCAGGUGGUUGAAGAUGGUUAUGAGUUUUUUGCAAAGAGGCAGCUUGUGACCCUGUUUUCAGCUCCAAAUUACUGCGGGGAGUUUGACAAUGCUGGUGCCAUGAUGAGUGUCGACGAGACUCUUAUGUGCUCUUUUCAGAUCUUGAAACCAGCUGAGAAAAAAAAGCCCAACGGCAGUCGUCCUGUGACUCCCCCUCGCAACAUGGUGACCAAGCAAGCCAAGAAAUGAGGCAGGCGCCAGGGAGCUGGUGGGGGCCAGAGUCCCACUCCUCUGGUCUGCUUUUGUUUUCCGCAUUUGAAAGAUCGGGUCUUCUUCACGCUGCCAAUACUGAAGAUACCCGCUCCCACUCGAUGAAACAAAAUGUUUUAUUGUUUUGUCCCAAGGGGUAAGUUGAUAAGUCACCAUGGAAAACCUCAGGUGUUUUGCACUCCAUUUGCAGCUAGUCUUUGCCACAUAAUGACUGUUCAAUCAGGAAAAUGUAACAAUACGGCUACUUGUGCACAGGAAUGCCUUUGUCUGAAGCUGUGCACAAUUUUUCCACUUUUCCAUGUCUCGUUUAUUUGUCAUCUCUUUUCCUCACUGUCAGUAAUAAUAAACAAUGGCUAUAAAUCUAUGAGGAAAGUCACAGACACAUUUACCUUUGUAAACUCCAUUGACUGUCAGUGUCAAAGAGAAUUGUCAGAAUUGCAUCAUAUUUCUAAAUAAGUCGCGCUAAGUUAAACGAAUAAGGAAACAUUCUGUAAUAUCAAAGUCUUUCUAAUAAACUUUGAGAGUA